CCACGCCGUUCUCCAGGCUCGGCCAUGGGGAAGCACAACAGCAAGCUGGCGCCCGAGAUGCUGGACGACCUGGUGCGGAGCACGGAGUUCAGCGAGCAGGAGCUGAAGCAGUGGUACAAGGGCUUCCUCAAGGACUGUCCCACCGGCAUCCUCAACCUGGAGGAGUUCCAGCAGCUCUACAUCAAGUUCUUCCCCUACGGAGACGCCUCCAAGUUCGCCCAGCACGCUUUCCGCACCUUCGACAAGAACGGUGACGGCACCAUUGACUUCCGCGAGUUCAUCUGUGCCCUGUCUGUCACCUCCAGGGGGACCUUUGAGCAGAAACUCAACUGGGCCUUUGAGAUGUACGACCUGGAUGGAGACGGGAAGAUCACUCGCUUGGAGAUGCUGGAGAUCAUUGAGGCCAUCUACAAGAUGGUGGGCACCGUGAUCAUGAUGAGGAUGAACCAGGACGGGCUGACCCCCCAGCAGCGUGUUGACAAGAUCUUCACCAAGAUGGACAAGGACAAAGACGACCAGAUCUCCCUGGAAGAGUUCAAGGAGGCGGCGAAGAGCGAUCCCUCCAUCGUCCUCCUCCUGCAGUGCGACAUGCAGAAGUAGAGCCGGGGUGGGGGGUCCCCGCUAGCCUGGUUGAUCCAACCUCUGAUCCCCAUGAUGGUUCCUAUUCCGGCUGCUCCAUCUCCCAUCCCUGCCGCUCACAUGCUGCUUCCCAGAGCUUUGCCCAGUGCCUAGUGGCCCAGAUCCAGUGGGGAAUCUGCUUCUCCUGCCCGCUGGAGCCCCCGCUUGCUCAGCCCGGGAUGUGAGCCACGGGCUCCAUCCUUCCCAUUAGUCUAGGAGCUUGAACCAGCUUUUUUUCCUUUUUCCCCUCCUUGCCCGUGAGGCCUCCGGGGAGGCUGAAAGGCUCCAUGUCCUGCCCUCGCCAGCGAUCCCUGGGCACUGCCCACCUUUAGCCCUCCCGCCCGGCUCGGUGGGACGGUGCCUCUGUGCCAGCUGCUGCUUUAAGCCGCCCUGGUGGCAUUUGGGAUGUCUGUGGUGGGUUCCUGGUCACUGAGGACAUGGGAAGACACCUAGGACCAGGGAAGGGGCCACUGAUUCCUCAGGGUGCCGUGGGCUGUGCCGGGUUGGGAUGCGCGGAGCCGCUUCCGCCCAGCGUGGCGCAGGACGGGGCAGCUCUGGGAAUGGGUGCAUCCCUCACGGGAGGCCAUGGAAAGGUGUGGAUGGGCCCUGCCACACGUGGAGCCCCUGGGAAGGGAGCAAGGACACGGGCACCGGGCACAAGAAUCGGAAUUGCACCUCCCCAUCCCACCCGCUCCAUCCCGCCGCGCUCCCCACAGGAAUAUCACUGCAGAUCCGUGUGUAGCCUGCACGUUGUGGUGUUGAUGGCCGUUGUGUCUAUUGGGCGACUGUGAAGGUGUUAUAUAUU